AUGAAUUUGGAGAUGACUUUUGAUGACCUCAGGAGCAAUACUAUGAAGGAUCAACCUGGUAAGAAGCCAAGUGGAGGGAAAAUUAAAGAUAGUAGGGGUGUUCGGCGCCUCUCUUCCCGGUGGUUCCCUGCUGCUGUGACACUUGGGGUCCUGUGCGUGGGGCUGCUGGUGGCCAUCAUAAUGCUGACGGUGCAAUUUUCCCAGGUGUCUGAACUUUUGAAGCAACAACAAGCAAAUAUUACUCACCAGGAAAAUAUACUGGAGGGACAGAUCUUAGCACGGCAGCAGGUGGAAAAAACUUCCCAAGAAUCACAAAGGGAACUCAAGGAAAUGAUAGAAACCCUUGCUCAGAAGCUAGAUGAGCAAUCCAAAAACCAAACGGAACUCCAGCAACAGAACUUGAACCUCCAAGAAGCCUUGAAGAAAGCAGCAAACUUUUCAGCUCCUUGUCCUCAAGACUGGCUCUGGCAUGAAGAAAACUGUUACUUGUUUUCCUCUGGGCCAUUUAAUUGGGAAAAAAGCCAGGAGAAUUGCUUGGCCCUGGAUGCCCAGUUGCUGAAAAUUAGUAGCACAGAUGAUCUGGGAUUCAUCCAGCAAGCAAGUGCUCACUCCAGCUUCCCAUUCUGGAUGGGCUUGUCUCUGAGGAAGCCACACUACUCCUGGAUGUGGGAGGACGGUUCUCCUUUGAAGCCCCACUUGUUUCGAAUCCAGGGAGCUGUCUCCCAGAUGUAUCUCUCUGGCACCUGUGCCUAUAUGCAGAGGGGAGCUGUCUUUGCUGACAACUGCAUUUUAGCUGCUUUCAGUAUAUGUCAGAAGAAGGCCAACCUAUUGAGAGCAUGGUGAAUUUGAGGAA